GAAGGGAAAAAAGGAAAGAAAAGAAAAAGCUGGGUGCCUGACUAGCAGCAGGAUGCGCGGGUGGUGGCGCGUGCCUGGCCUUGCCGCUGCCGCUGCAAAUCAGGAGUGUCUGGAUGAUUCCGAUCUGCGGAGGAUUAGUGAGCGUGGGCAGCGCUGCGCGCUUUGUCGUUGCCCACUCCUCGGCCGCGGGCUGUGUGGACAGUGGGACUGUGGGUUUUGCUGGCCUGUCGGGAAGCAGCUGCCGCGUGCGCAUUCUGCGUGCGCGUGCGUCUCUUCAUCACUGCUUGCUGCUGCUGCCUACUGUUGGUGGUUUCGCUUCUUCACCGCGCGGCUAUAGGGCCAUCGCUGUAUGGUAAGUGUUUCGUCGCAGCAGCUGCUCGGAACCUCAGGGC